AUGGCCAGCGACGCCAACCUCCAGCAGCAGCAACAGCACCACUCGUCGGCGUUCCCGCCAGAAACCCCGCCCGGCCUUGCCUCGUCGUCGUCGUCCGCGUCCUACCACGACCAGGUCGCCGCCGCUCAGCACCAGCACCAGCAGCAUCAACAGCAGCAGCUCGCUCAGCAGCACCACCACCUCCAGCAGCAGCAGGCCUACAUGCAGCAGCAGCAGCAGCAGCGGUACCCCGUCCACCCGCCUAGCACCCCCCUCAGCCACGCCUCGCCCCAGCCGACCACCUCGCCGAGUGUCAAGAUCUCGCCCGACACGCUCGCGAGCCUCACCGGCGGCUCCAGCGGCGGCGUCGGCGGUGGCGGUCCAGGCGUCGCGCAGGCGAGCUCGCCCUUCUCGGGCGGCGGGUCCGUCAUCUCGCCGACGGGCUCGUCCUUCUCGACCGCGGGCCACAUGGGCGGCGGCGGCGGCGGUGGUGGUGGGCCCGGGCCGGGCGAGGCGGGCGAGGGCGCCGGCUUCUCGCGCACGGCCGCCAUGGCGCUCGCGGGCGCCUUGGGCAUGAGCAGCGCGCCGACGAUGCAGCCGUCGCAGCAGGCCGGUGCCGCACCCGGUGGCGGCGCAGGCGGCGCAGGGCCCAUGUCGCUCGCCGGCAUGGACGUCGACCUCGGCUCGUUCGCGACGCCGCCACAUUCUGGCCCGUCGUCGACCGGCGGAUCGACGCCGUCGAACGGCUCGGGCCCGCCCUACUACGCGUUCCAGUCGCAGCAGCAGCAGCCGUCGGGCGCGUCGUCGGCGUCGUCGUCGGUCCCGUCGGCCCAGCUCACGCAGAACACCCUCCCGCCGCCGUCGCACCCGGCGCCGACCCUCGGCUCGGCACCGCGCCACCACCCGUACGCGCACCCGUCCCGGCCCGGCCUCACGCCGUCGCACAGCCAGACGUCCAUCUCGGGCCUGCCGCACUACCUCUCGGCGAGCGCCGGGGCCUCGCCUGCGUCGUCUGCUGGCGGCCCGACGCCCUCGCCCGGGCCGCCGCCCUCGGCCACGCCUGAGCCUCCUGGCGGCGGCGGCGGACAAGGCGGCGGGACGUUCGCGCUCGGGCUCCCGGGCCUCUCGUCGGCGCAGGUCCCCUCGCGCGUUCACUCGGCGCCAGGCCACAUCCUGUCGCUGUCGACCUCGGGCCUCGACGGCCACGGUCACGGGCACCUGCUCGGCCGCGCGGGCUCGCCCCACCUGAGCGCGGACCCGGACUCGAUGGGCGCGCAGCAGCAGCACCGGUUCCUCAACGGCAUCGACCAGCAGCCCCUGUCGGCCAUCUCGAUGGGCGGCGACGGCAGCGUGUCGGGCAACGACUUGCUCCUCUUGUCGACCAACUUGGCCCCGUCGUCGACGACGCCCGGGCUCGGACCCGGCCCGAGCAGCCUCGCGCCGCCGUUCGGUGCCACCGGGCCCGGUGGCGGCGGCGGCGGCGCGCUCACGAUCGACACGCUCCAGGCGUCCAAGGUCAUGUCGUCCCUGACGGCGCCCCAGUCGGCCCCGGCGACGACGACGCUCGAGGACGACCGGCUCCCGCCGGGCGCGUACAACGACAGCGUGCGCGCCGCCAUCUCGCUCCUCCAGAAGCGGCUUCCGAUCAUGGGCGCCGCGCUGUCGACGAGCGAGGCCGAGUCGGGCCAGGACGAGGAGGAGAUCUGGAAGGGCAUCGAGGGCGCGUACGAGGAGCUCAAGCGCAUCAUGAGGGGCAGGAGGGACACGCGCCGGCACCACGGCAUGGGAUCCGCCAGCUCCAAGCGCACCGUCUACACGAUGGAGCUCGAGUCGCCCGUCACGCCCAUCGACCGCGACCGCUCGAACUUCCUCGGCGCGCCGCCGCUCGUCCACUCGCACUCGACGCCCGACGUCGGCCUGGCCGCGCAGGCGACCGCCGCACGACAAGCCGCGACCGCCCAGAUGCAGCAGCAGCAGCACGCCGCCCAGCUGCAGAUGCAGCAGCAGGUCCAGGUCCAGGCCGAGGCGCACGCGCGCGCCCAGGCGCAGCUCCAGGCCGAGGCGGACCGCGCCCGGGCCGAAGCCGAGCAGCGCGCGCGCGCCGAGGAGGACGCGCGGCAGCAGAUGGAGAACGAGGCGCACAUGCGGGCCGAGGCCGAGGCCAAGGCGGUUGCCGAGCAGCAGCGCGCCGAGCAGGCCGUCCGCGAGGCCGAGCAGUACCAGCAGCAGGUCAUGCAGGCCGAGCAGAUGAUGCAGGCUGAGCAGCUGCGCCUCGCGCGCGAGCGCCUCCACCAGCACAUGCAGGAGGGCGCUGCCGGCGCGCCGCAGACGCUGCCCAACCCGCCCGUCGAGAUGCAGCAGUCGCAGUCGCAGGGCCAGCCUCCGCCUCAGCAGCAGCAGCAGCAGCAGCAACACGUCGGCCUCGACCAGCAGCAGCAGCAGCAGCAGCCGGCGCAGCUCUCGUACGCCAACCCGAACCCGUUCGGCCAGCUGCAGCCACCGCCGGGCAUGCCGAUGGGCGCGCUCCCGACCUCGUCGAUCUCGACCAACGGCCUGUCGCAGAGCCUGUACCCGUCGCACGCCGGCAGCCAGCACGGCACGCCGCAGCCGUCGUCGGCCUUCUCGCCUUACCCGGGCGGCUUCGACCCGGCGGCCGACAUCACGAUGCAGCAGCUCCAGCAGAUGCAGGGCCUGCCCGGCUAUCCGCUCGGCGGCGCGCAGCAGCAGCAGCAGCAACAGCAGCAGCAGCAGGCGCCGCUCGGCGACUCGGUCGACCCGGCCUCGCUCGGCGGCAUCGCCCCGAGCACCGUCUCGCCGCCGAGCGCCGGCCCGUCCGCGUUCGCCUCACUUGCCACCAGCACCGGCCCGGGCCCCGUGCGCCAGUCGCGCUCGCGCGCCGCGUCCCAGUCGGGCUACACGUCGUCCGGGUCGAGGUCUCGCGCCGCGUCCGGCUCGGGCUACCAGGUCCUGCUCGAGAGCCGGUCGCGCGCCGCGAGCUCGGCGAGCUCGGUGUACCAGACGUUUGAGCGCGACGAGGAGGACGACGAGGGCGAGGACGGCGCCGACUUUGAGCACGAGAUCGACGUCGGCGGCAACGGGCCCGCGAGUGCGCGCUCGAGCCAGAUGGGCGCCGCGAGUGCGGGCGUCGACCAAGACACCAAGGCGAGGAUGGACCCGGUCUUUGUCGACUUUCUCGCGAGCGUCUGCUCAAACCUCGACGCGACCGACUCGAAGGGUGAGCCGAUCCACCAGACGCUCAUGGCGAAAAAGAUGGAGAAGCUCGACCAGAGCCACGACUUUCGCCCGUUCAAGUUCCGCAUCCAGGCCUUCACCAACGCGUUCGCCGAGUCGCUCGCACGCUCGGGCGCGUUCGACUCGGAGGUGCCCGUCAAGAAGGUGCGCCAGUACCUGUGGGCGCAGCCGUACAUCUCGCGCUUCAACGACGACGGCAAAAAGGCCAAGUCCAAGGGCAACCACAUCUGGACCGUCGAGGCCAAGAAGAUGCCCGACAAGAAGUGGCUCUUCCGCGAGUUCACGCGCUGCAUCAAGGGCACGGCGCCGUCGGUCGCGUUCGUCGGCCUCACGUGGUCGUGGGCGCCGCGCGUGUGGGACCCGCAGUGCUCGAGCGCGGCCAUCGACGCGUCGUUCAUGUCGCCGAGCCUGCCCGAGUGGCUCGCGUGGGACGACAACGUCCUCCAGGGCGAGGUGCCCGAGUCUGCGCUCGGGCAGACGCUCGAGGUCGAGGCCGUCGCGACGUUCCAGAUGGGCAACAAGGUGCAGCAGCUCAAGGCGUCGACCCACUUCCUCGUCGCGUCGCCGCACGACACCGAGGACCCGGCGCUCGCGCUCCAGGCCGCCCAGAUCGCGAGCAAGAACAAGGAGGAGGAGCGCGAGCGCCUCAACGAGCCGUCCGAGGACCAGAAGCCGCUCCUCAUGGGCUCGGCCGACAACCUGCAGCUCGCGAGCCCGCCCGACUCGGGCGCGCAGUUGUACCGCUCGCCAAGCCUCGGCGGCUCGGGCCUGUUUGAGCCGCAGCCUGGCGGGCAGCUCCUGUCGGCGCACCUUGGCGGUUCGGGCGCGGGCUCGUACUCGUCGAGCCUCGGUACGCCCGGGAGCGGCCUCGAGGCGAGCUUCGCGCAGCAGCUCGAGGCGCAGCACCACCAGCAGCUGCAGGACGAGCACCUCCUCGCUCAGCUCCAGCACCACUCGGGCGGCCAGCAGCAGCAGCAGCAGCAGCAGCUCCAGGGCGACAUGCAGGUCGACGACGCGCAGGCGGCGCUCCACGCCCACUACGCAAACCUCGCCAUGCAGCAGAGCCAGUCGUUCCAGGCCCUGUCGCCCGGUCAGAUGUCGUUUGCGCCGCCGCCCGAGCUCGUGCAGACGGCCCUGCAGGACGCGGCCGGCAUGGGGAUCGACCCGGCGAGCUUCACCUCGAUCCACCCGAACGUCCUGUCGCAAGCCACGUCCGGCACGGGCACCCCGGCCGGCGUCUUCCACCUGCACGACAUGGGCCAGCAGCCGCCGUUCACGCACGAGCCCUCGAACAUGUAA